UCAAAAUGAACGAAUCAUUCAUGCACGACACAUCACUACUACUACUACUAGACAGUAGGGGGGGCUGGCCCAAAGAGUCGCAGCCAAUCAAAAGCGUCCAUCAGUUUGAACGAGAAGCGCUUUGCCAACAUGGUUACAGUUAUCCGUUGUCUUUAACACACGUUUAAUAUUUCAACGUUCAAAUCCUAACUUUGCUUAGCGAAUGACAUUUUCAUUGAAAUUGUCACCGUCGAAAGACAUAUAAGUUGACCUUUGGGGAUUACAAAAAAAAAAAACCCACUACAGGAUGAGUGUGUUUGGUCCAAGUAAACCGUCAUAUUUGAAGACCUAUGGCAAACAGAAGCGCAGAGUGGAACAAUGGUUUUCUCCUGACCUGAGAAAGAAAGUGUUCUCCUUCUCCAGUACACCAUCAUCUGAUCAGUCUCUCCCAGAGCCCACGUCCAAGAGACGGAAAACCAAUAACAAAAAAAGCACGGCUGCAGGCAGCUCCAGGACUGUGCGCAUGGCGAAGCAGAAAGCUAUGGAAGCUUUGAAAGAGCUGGAGAGUGACGAGGAAAGUAUUUUUAUUCCAGGAACAGCUCCCAGGAGGAAACCAGGCACCAAACUAAUUAAGAAGACUGCAGUCACAAGCACUUCACCAGGCAUACAUGACUUCAUAUCCAGCAAGGUGGAACAUGCCAGUCAGUCCACACGGAGGAUAAGAAAAAAGAAGCCAGUUCUCAGCACCAGUGAGAAUGAGAGUGACUGUUUUGUCACUAAUAAUAAAUGUUCAAAUGCCUUUAGGCAGAAUACAUCUUCUAAUUUCAAACAUGUAAAGCAAGGAGACUUGGUCGGUCUGCCCCACUUGGAUAGAUUCGUCACACAGCGCAAGAGAGUGCACCGCUUGCAAUCCGAAAAGCACCCGUUUGAACAGAGACUCGGAAUUUCCAGCAACACCUUGAAUAAUUCAAAAAACUUUAUUUGUGGUGUUGUUUCAUUUCAGCCCGCCACUCAGCAGGAGUCCGAUACUAAGCCUUCUGUCGUGUUUCACAGUGGCGCGCACAGACAUUCGGACGCAGUAUUACGUGAAGUCUCAUUUAACAAUGUUGAAGAGCAGCUGAUGUCCUGUAAACGCCCACUGCUGUGCAGUACACCAUCCGUGGUUUCUAAACGAAACCUACACUGCCUUGAGCCCUCGAUCAGUGAGAUCUCCUCGUUUAGCUGUGAUGAGUUGGACAAGCCUCCAAUAAAUGAAAGCACAGCCAGUGAGCUAAUGAGCAAACCACAGAAACGUGGCAUGCUGCAGAAGAGCAAACAAUGUGCAAAGCACACCCCAAAAACUGCGACAGUACAACAGAUGGAGGCGCAUGCAAAGUAUGCAAAUGCACAAUCACAACUGAGAUCGGAGAAACGCCGCUCAAGUAUUGAAUCUGUCUCCGAUCGGCCAGACCUGAAGCAGUUGAAAGGGAGGGCUUGCGUCAUGCUGGAGGAGCUAGAUGUCUUGGACAUUCUUUCGAAUCAAAGUGAUAAUGGGAAACAAGACGUAGAGAAAACAUAUCCACCCAGAUUGGAGGCGGGUCCUGCCACUUCAGCAGCUGCUAUACCAAGCUACCAUGACAAGCAAGCCUGUCAAAUGUCUUCAGAUUAUGCCAUGUCUGACGCCAGUACCCAAGCUCGCCAUUUAACCUCUUCACUAGGCACAUCUUCCAUUUUGUCCGUUUCUUCGCUUUCUGCACCUCCAAGUAAUGAUCUCAGCAGUUCAGUCCAAAUGCAGACUGAUCGUCUUAAGGUAGAGUGCCUGUCCUCUUGCCUCACUGUCUGCCUCCAGCAUCUGGACUUGGGCAAUGUCCACCAGGCCCAUCAGGGGAUAAUGGAGACCCAGAAGGCCAAGGUUGCUUCUCCUAUUACUUUAGAAUCCAAAAGACGCCAAAAUGCCAGGAACUUAAAGAAUUUCCCCUGCUUGGUUGGCACUGAAUCAGCAGAGCAAUCAUCCGGCAGUGAAAUGCAAACUGGAGGGCUAGUUAGACGGCUGUCUGCCUCCUUCAUGCGAUCUGCCCUCUCCCCUGCAUCUAUUACAGCUCCCAGUAAAAUGCCGGUGGCAAAAGAAAACAACGGUCUUUCUACCAGCCGUAAAGUAUGCGUGAGUGGCUUGAAUUCUAGCCGAUGGUCAAAGAGAGGUGUGGGUGAACAAAACAGAAAGCAGAGGCAGAAAACUAGGACUAAACCAGGAGACCGCUCAUCCAAUGACCCCCUGCCCACUGGAGCCGAUUCACGCAUGGGGGAAUCUGCUUGUGGCUGGCUGCAGAGCAGCAAAGUGAUUGGCUUGCCUAAGACCCCUCUCCGUGUAGAACUGCUGAACCUUUCCUCCUUUCUGACCAGCUUCACUCCAGACUCGCUUACAACACACACCUGGGGGCGUCUCAAAGCUGCACUGUCCAUACACAAGAAGACGACAGCAUUUCCAACUCCUCGACGGCUGGCUCUUUCCAAUAUCAAGGAUCCAGGGCUGGUGAACACCAGUCUAGAUCUGUUUGGCACCCCAGUGUCUUAUCGAGCUUCCUCUCACCUGCUCCGUUCCAGCAUGAACAAUACCUCCAUGAUAUCUUCUAACGAAGACAUCAGUGAGGCUGAAAAAGUGUACCAAGAGUGUCAGCAGGAAGGCCCCCUUUUCUUUGAUGAUUGCAUUCCUGCCAAAUGCAUGAAACACUGCAUUAAGAUUGGAGAGGGCACGUUUGGAGAGGUGUUCUCCAUGGUCAACGAUGCCAAUCAGACUGUGGCUCUUAAAAUUAUUCCAGUGGAAGGCCAUCAGAAAGUCAAUGGUGAACCACAGAAAACAUUUGGUGAAAUUCUUCAUGAAAUUAUUAUUUCCAAGGAGCUAAGUGCACUCAACUCCAAGGAGCACAACAAAACAAAUGGGUUCAUCGGCCUCCUUAACCUUCACUGUGUGCGUGGGUGCUAUCCCAGUGCUCUGCUCAAAGCAUGGGACAAGUUUGCCAAAGAAAAGGGAUCUGAGAAUGACCGACCUGAUUUCUUUGGUGUGGAGCAGCUCUUUCUGAUCCUGGAGUUUGAGUUUGGAGGCAGUGAUUUGGAGAAUAUGAAUGGAAAGCUCACAUCUAUGGCGCAAGCUAAAAGUGUGCUGCACCAGGUUACUGCUGCUCUGGCUGUUGCUGAAGAGGCACUUUUCUUCGAACACAGAGACCUGCAUUGGGGAAAUAUUCUGGUGAAAACUACUAAAGAGAAGCGUAAUCAGUUUAUUCUGAAUGGCUCAGUACACUCUAUAGAGACACGAGGAGUUCAUGUUAACGUUAUAGACUAUUCACUCUCGCGUCUUGAGAUCGAUGGCUUAACAGUGUCCUGUGAUAUAGCGAAUGAAGAGGAGUUAUUCAUGGGCCAGGGUGACUAUCAAUUUGAAAUUUACCGUCUGAUGAAGAACGAGAACAAUAACUGCUGGGCGGACUAUAACCCUCACUCCAACGUACUGUGGCUACACUAUCUGGCAGAUAAGCUUUUGACCAUGAGGUACAGGAACAAACCACACACCAGCCAGCAGAAGGCCUUGAAGAGCAACCUCAAGUCCUUUCACUCAGAGAUCCUCAACUACCAUUCAGCCAAAGAUGUCUUAUUGCACUCCACUCUAUUUCAGUGAUCUCCACUGAUCUUGUACUGAUUUGUUUUUAAUCAGUGCUACCAGGCCUGUUUAAAUACUUGUAAAGGACAUUGUAAAGUGAAGUAUAUAAUUAUUUGUAAAAAGAUUUGAAUAGGAAAUAAAGAAGAGAUUUUUUUUGUUAGUGUAAAAAGA